GUUUAGAUUUGCUAUUAUAGUUUGAAUUUAAAACUACAAAUCCUAGUCUCGCAAAAGGGCACCGCCUACAAGAAGUUGGCGUAGGAAGCCCUAGGCGAGACGGUCAAGGUGAGGGCACUCACGACGGAGAUGAAUCUAAGGGUUAAAGACCUGGACGAGAUCAUCGAAGUCGAAGAGCUCUUCACGGCACUGCGGCGAAAGUGUGAAGUGAAGACGCCCACCGCAGCCGUUCGGCUACGGAAAGGUCCGGCAGGGACACAAAGUAUUCGGCUAUCUGCAGCGGACACCUCCAAGGUAGUCAAGUUGGGGAGCGUCAAGGUGGGAUGGUCGGUGUGCCCUGUGGCAUGUACGAGCAACCCGAAGCGAGUCACGAUGUUCGAUGCUGCAAGGACACGCAGCUUACCUCGAGGGUGCGUUGUGCACUGCCCCCCCUUUGAAGCAUUUGUACCGAAGGGACGAUGGGCUUGGCGGCAAUGGAAACGGUUUAGCGGGUCGGGGAUGUAGUCCUGCCUCCUUCGUUUGCUGUUGGAGGUGGUCCCUAAUCCCGCACUUCCUGGAAAACCCAGGAUGUCUGUUGAGCAGAUUCCCCCGCCAUUGCUUAGUAAGAAAAAAAAACACGCACGCACACAAAAUCUCAAUUCGUCGAACUAAGUCGAUCGGUAUAUAACACUUUGGGUCUCCGGGCCUUUUAUAAAAAGCGAACAUAUAGCCUUUACGUAUACGAGAAAGGCAAAACGUUUAGCUGGGCUGGUGAGGAGCGAUGAUAUUUAUACUUCGCUUUUAUACGGAUAUACUGCUGGGAUUCCUAAUCUAAAAAAAGACGCAUCCCUGCUAAAUCCAAGUAGCAUUCCCUUUUGAAUCAAAGAAACAUUACU